CUUAUUUGCGAGCCAAAUUCAUUAAUUCAAUCGAAGUCGGCGGAGGAGGCUUAUAACAAAAAUUAGUAUUAAAAAUGUCUGCGCUUCCUAAUUUUGAGGAGUAUGUCAUUUGUCCAUACGAUAGCGCUCAUCGUAUAUUGCCGGUCCGCUUGACCUAUCAUUUGACUCGUUGUGCCAAGAACUUUCCAUCGGUCAAGUUAGUCCGCUGUCCAUAUAAUACCACCCAUCUACACUCGGUAGCUGAUAUGCGGAACCAUGUCAUCGAGUGCCCCAAUCGAUCGGCCGCGGAGCGCUUUAAGCUGCCGGACGUCUUGCCGCCUGUGGAACCGCCACCGCGUGAAUUUCUGAUCGAAAGUGCUGAGGACUGGGAUGCCGAGCCGCCAGUUCCGACUUACAAUCCGGCAGCUUACUGUGAGAAAGAGCCCAUCAUCCGUAAUUUGCAAGGAGCUCCGCCCGCCGCUCGUCGGGCAUUCCGCGAAAGCGAACGCCGGCGAUUCAGAGAAAUGAAUCAGCAUUAGAUGCUCCGUGUUAUGUUCCAUUAUACCUACAUAUUAAUAUAUCCACAUACUUACAACCCACACAACAUACAUAUAGCGAUCGGUUUAAAUUCUUACAUACAAAUGUACAUAUGUAAUUUGAUACAGUUCCAAGAAGGAGCAGCGAUCUGGCGUUUUUUUGUUUGUUAGCUUAGGUCAGCGUAUAAUUGAAUACAUAUUGUCUUGUCAUCAAAUAAGAAUCAGUUAAUGUUAGGAAUCUUCAAAAUAUCAUUUCGUAAAUAUUCAUAUGGUAAUAUAGAUUACAAAUAAAAAAGAUCAGCUGAAUACACCUUCAACGGUAAA